CCGGCGGAGCGCGGAGGCCGAGGAGCCGAGCGAGGCGGAGGGGCGGCGGGCAGCGCGACCGCCAUGUGCCCGUGCCCCCUGCACCGUGGCCGCGGGCCCCCGGCCGUGUGCGGCUGCAGCGAGGGCCGCCUGGGGCUGCGCUCGGCCUCUGCGCAGCUCACGGCCGCCCGGCUCAAGGCGCUCGGCGACGAGCUGCACCAGCGCACCAUGUGGCGGCGGCGCGCGCGGGCCCGGGGGGCGCGGGGGGCGCGGGGGCCCGGCGCGCUGCCCACCUGCUGGCCCUGGCUGUGCGCGGCGGCGCAGGUGGCAGCGCUGGCGGCCUGGCUGCUCGGCAGGCGGAACCUGUAGGGACGCGGGGCUUCUUGGUGGGGCCGGAGCCGAGACCCAGCCGCAGCGAGCAACAGGUUGGUGAAAACCCUGUGUCCUUGGAGAAAGCUGGUUCCCGUUUUCCUGAGGGGGAGCCUGGAGCUUGAAAGGCCGCAGUUGGCACUUGGAGAAGGAAGUCUAGGAUAAAGACGGCGCUUGGAGCCAUUGCAGGAAUAAGAGACCUGGAGCAACCCUUGGGACAUCCAGCUGCAGACAGAGACACCCUGAUGCUACUUAACACACAGCUCUCUAUAUAUGUAUAAAAAGAAGACACGACUAUUCCUACCCAGUGCAUGCCUAGUGGAGGACAUGGCCUCCUCCCUUUUCUGUGCCUCCCACAGAGAACUCUGACGCUCUCUCCUGUCUGGGGCAUUGACAGAGAUGCUUUCGUGUACCUAAGAAAUGUGCAAAGACUGGUGGGAAUUAGCCCCAGAGUCCGCCCCCCUGCCUAGGGAGGGUUGCUGAUGCAGUAGGAGGUGAAGUCUGAAAAAAGGCCAAUGAGAGAGGCAGCUAAGAAAGCAGGAGGAGGGGAGGCACUGAAAGUCAGCUUUGUUUGGGGGAGGGCUGUCUAGGUGACCCUCCCCCCGUUUCUAAAAGCCUCCCCCUGGCCUGUAUCUAGCCAUGUGAGCUAGCUAGUUCCACUGCCUCCUUAAGACAAAUGGGACGCCCCACCCCUCUCCUUUCCUAUAGAUCUGGCGUCUCCCGUGCCGUUCUCCCACUCCACCGGUGCUAAGUGUGUUCCUGAUGGUGCUGUAACAUGUCAUGUUGCCAGAUCUGCAGGCUGGCAGGGCCAGGGAACAGGAGAGAUGGCUAUGUUGCUGUUUCUGAUUCUUCUUUUCUUUUUCCUGAAGGGACCUGUUGUAAAAGUGCCACCUGUGAGCCCCUCCCUGUCUUUCUCUCUCUCUGCAGAGACUCAUAGCCAGAGGGGUUUUGGAGGGAAAUCUGGGGGUAGGGGUGGCCCUGAGCAGCUUGCUGGGUAAGGAGCAGAAAGUUCACUUCCUCUGUGACUUGUUUGCUGUCCCCCUUCCUUCCUGGGGAGUUCAGCCUACUGUCUCCUCCAGUUCUCAAGGGGAUUCCAGGACUUCAGGGUCUGUAGAUUCAAGAGCCAUAUUCCAGGCUAGGAGGUCUACGGUAUGACUCAUGACCAAGGGGCCUUGGGGAAGAGGGGUAGACUGUUUGAAUGAAAUGCACCAGCAUCUCACCAAUUGAUAAGCAGGUCUGAUUUCUGUUGUUGCUGUUUGUUUCCAGGAUAAGCUACUAUUUUCAGAAGUUUCUCGAAGGGCUAGAAAAAAAAAUGUUCUGGACUGAGACUUGGCUGCAAAGACUCUUCAGGGGGCAGUUUUUUUCUUUUAGUUAAAAAAACAAUUCCAACAGAAAUAGCUGUUAUUCUUCCUUGCAGGGAAACACACACACACACACACACACACACACACACACACACACACACAUACACUGCCAUUUUUGCAAAGCUAUGGACCAGGCACCCAGAUGGUGGGAGUGAGGGGGCAGACAGGGGCUUUCCAAGACUGACUCUGCAGUGCAUCACCCACUCCUGCCAGGCAGGGCAGACAGAUACCCUUCCAGUUUCCCUGGUGCCAGCACAGGGCUGGUGAAGCUUGGAGCUGGAGUGGGAAUUAUCCCUGUGGGCUGUUUUGAAGAUUACCAGGUCCUGUCAGAUGUAAGACUUUUCAAUACUGCUGCAAGCUGGGAACUGUCAUUCUAGAAAAAAAAAAAAAAAACAAUAACUAUCCUAAAGGGCCUUUUAGAAGCAAAUGCAGACCAGAAAGGCUAAAAGUGAGGGCAACUCUUGCAGCCCCCAGACAGCUCUGAAUUCAGCAAAGGAAAAAGCUUGUUCAUGGAGUGCUUAUUGCCCACCAUCCUCAGAGCCUCCCCAACAUGGAUGGGCGUGUUGGAUAUAUUGGCAGGGUCUACAGAGAGCAGCAGGUGGCAGUUUCUGAGCCACAGGCCUGAUUAGAACAACCCGAAUGGUUUCUCCUCUCUGCUCCCCUGUCCUAGCCUGGAGACAGGCUUUCCAGUUCACCCUUUCUUCCCCGCCAGGGACAAGUUUUCUUGUGAUUGCCCAAGAUCUUAGCUCUCUGCUACUUUAAGGCUGCACUUUUUAAAGACCCAGGUAUUGGGGGUGGUGGGAGUGCAGGGGUGCAUGCUGACUCCCUAGAUGUGGGGCAAAGGUGAAAGGUCAGAGAAUCUUGUUGAUUAGCUUAGGACAUUUCCACUGAAGCGCCCCAACUCCAGAAGCUGGGCUCAGCACCGUGGGCUAUUCUAAUUUUCUUUCUUCUCCUCUUUUUUUUUUUUUUUUUUUUAACCAGAGCACUGCUCAACUCUGGUUUAUUGUGGGGCAGGAGACUGAACCUGGGACUUUGGAGCCUCAGGCAGGAGAGUCUCUUUGCAUAUCCAUUAUGCUAUCUAUCCCCGCCCCGGGCUAUUUCUAUUUCGAUGAAGCCACAUUGCUGAGAACUGGGGUACCCAUGGCCCCCCACCCCCACCCAUACUGGGGCUUUCCAGCCAAUCCCAUGUACAUAUUCCCCUGUAUCAAUAGACACCGUGUAUUUAUCAAACCCCACUAUUAUUUUUUUCCUUGCACAUCAUUGGAGUGCACUUCUGGGCUACCCCGAUAUUUGAUAAGGGGUUGUUUUUAAUGCUUGUUUUUAUAUGAGGUCGGACUUCCUGAUGGACAUUCAUAUUAGGAAACUAAAGCAUGAGGCAUCUGUAUAGCCCCUCCACUGUCUUUCCCAUGGCAUUGCAUGAGAUAGUGGGGUGGUUUUUGUAUGUGUGUAUGUGUGUGUCUUAAAUAUUUCCACAGUGUGCAAAGUGCUGGCAUCAUCCCUCCUCUACACCCUCCCUACUACCCCCUUUUUCUCUGGCUGCCAAGAAGUCAUUGAUUUUGAUUAGCUUCACUGCAGAGCGUCUGUGAAGAGCGAACAAGAGGGAGGGAGGCUUUGAAAUAAAAUUCUAAAAAGACUUCAUAUCAAGUUUUGGCAGACGGCACUGUGUGUGUGUGUGUGUGUGUGUGUGUGUGUGUGUCCGUGUAAAACAGAGGGAGGCCUCUGAGAUCAUAGCCGAGGUAGCUCUCGCCGCAUAAUGAGAUGAGCAAUGGAAGUAGCUCUUCUUUCCUGAUGGUGCUCAGUGCUUGAGGAGAAUGAGAGUCUAGGAGCCACGGGAGUGGGGUGGGGGCUGUCGGGGUGCAUCCUGGGACUGCAGCAUUCCAAACUAGACCCCUCCCUAUUCAGAAGCUUCUCUCCUUUGCCCCAUCCCCGACAAGCCAAAUCAGAUCUAUUCCGCCCCCCUUUUGAGUCCGGGGUUCCAUUUUCCAUUCCCUCAAGCAUAAUUGGAGUUUUGAGCAACAGGGUUUGUGUGUGUGUGUGGGGAGUCCACUGGCCUCCCUGGCUGCUGUCUGGAGGUGCCAGGGUAGGGACUACUUCCUCUUUGACUUCCUUUUUGUUGGGAACUCUGGAGCCUUCUUUCCCACUUCUUCCAGUGGUCUCGCUUUUAAAAAUGUUUUUCCAUUUUGGUGAAGAAGGGGAAAAAAGACAAUUUAAACAAUACUGUCACAGGACAAUGGAGCUGUGGCUUUGGCUUCACCAUCUAUGUGGUCACUCUGCCUGUGACAGAGUCCUCCUCUCUUCUUUCACAAGAAUCUUCUGGGGACUCUGACUUGUCACUGAGGAUUUCUUGAACGUUUGCCUGCUCUGAGCAGCUACAAUGACCAGAAGAUGGGUUUAGCUCUUUUUCUGUUGAAACCAACCUCUUUUAUGAAUGACCCCUUCUGUCACCCUGAGCCAAUCAGAGGGGGCCAGAAGCUAGUUGUGGUGGUGGGGAUGAGAGGGAAAGGCUAGACACAGGACACUGGGAACUGGUGGAGGAAGGACAUUGAUGUCAAAGUAUCAUUUUAAAGUUUAAAAUGAAAUCUCUCUCUCUUUUUAAAUAUAAAGUUACUCUGCCAACACCUAUUUCUUGAGCACUUCCAAUGUGCUGGGGUGUGAACCUUUGCCUAGGAAGGGACUUCACUGUCCCUGGUGGAGAGGUGGCCUUGCUUAGAAUUAGACGGUGCUAAGUGUUUCUCCCCUGUCUGGGUCACAGUUUUCUCUAGUCUGUCAGGUCUUUGCUGUGGUUCCACACCUUGAAUGGCAGACUGGUCUGUAGUAUUUUCUGAGCAUUGCACUUCCAUGCAGGUACUUUUAAAGCCUGCAAUCCACUCCCACCUGGGGCAAAAACAAAACAAACAACUCCUUCUUGCUGCUUUACCCAGUAAUUGAAACCACCAUUUGUUUUUAUUGUGGGGGGUGGUGGGGGUGGCGGUGGUGCUCACCAUUCCUAAGCACUGUGUUAGAGGGGACCUUUCCAUGUUUCCUGCUUAGUUAUUCCUUCCAUCUUCUCUGGAAGGCAGUACAAUCACUUUAUGGCUAGGGAAGCUAAGGCCCUAACAGGUUUCUCAGUGUAGGCUGAAAUGAAUCAAGUGGCUGACCCCAAGUUUGGACUCAAGUCCGACAGCCCCCCAGCCCUACCCCAUGGCUAGGAGCCACACAGGAAUCCUUUCUGAGCUGGUCCCUCUGUGUGAUAAGUUCAAGGGCACACACAGGCCUGGCACCGGAAGGGAGAAGGGGAGCCGGACAGGUCCGCUGUGAGGAGUGUCUUAAGUGGGGUUGGCUGAAUGGUUUUCUUGGGGGUCUAACACAUUUGUUCCUGACCCUUUGUAUUUCCCAUUUCUAUAUGGCCUCUGGGAAGAGCAUCAAAUUUGCAAACGGGGCCUAUCUCACUUGUUUCGUGGGAUAUGGGAGUUUUUCUUACUGCCUUUCCAUCUCCUCCCCUUGUGGUACCCCGAGAUCCUCUCCCCCCACUUUAAGGUCUUUUGCACUGAAAGUGUCUAGGAGCCCACCUGUGUGGAAGGAAAGGCUUUGGGGGGUGUUUGGAGCCCCAGUGAGAAGCUCGGGGACAUUCCUUCCAGGGUUCUGGCCUCGCUGGUUCCCUGUGCUCUUUUGUAAGAGGAAUUUCAUACCUUGGAGACGCUUUGUACAUAUUUGUAAUGACUUUAUUAAAAAACUGGUUGUGCACUUCCAGCCGAAAGCCUUUGCGUUUUCAUUUCCUGGAAGGUUGCUCCCCAGAGAUGACAAGAGCACCUGGCUGCAUUCGCUAGGCUAGCUCUUCCCG